GUGUGUGUGUGUGCGUGUGCGUGUGUGUGUGUGUGUGUGUGUGUGUGUGUGUGUGUGUGUGUGUGUGUGUGUGUGUGUGUGAGGGGGCGGUGAUGAUUCAGAAGUCAGAUUUCUCACAGGAACAGCCACUUCACUGGAAGCAGAAGCACGUUGCAGUUGGCCGCCCUCUGAGUCUGUCAUUGUGAGAAAACUGAGCUGUCAAAAUGUCCAGAGUCGCCAAUCUGUCGAAGCUGCGGCAGGAGAGGAUGAGGGAGAUCAACCUGCGGAAUAAAGAGAGGGAGAGAAUGAGGGAGCGAGAGAAGGCUGCAAGGGAGAGGGAGGCUCGGUACAGUAACGGUCACCUGUUCACCUCUCUGACGGUUUCAGGAAUGACGCUGUGCUCAGCCUGCAACAAGAGCAUCACAGCCAAGGAGGCACUCAGCUGCCCCACAUGCAAUGUGACGAUCCACAACCGCUGUCGAGACACUCUGCCAAACUGUGCGAAGAUGAAACAGAGGCAGCAGAAAACAGCCCUGUUGAGGAAUAACUCAGCCCUGCAGACCGUCACACUGCGCACUAAAACUCCAGGAAUGCGUGAGCGCCCAUCGUCUGCCAUUUACCCCUCCGACAGUUUCAGACAGACCCUGUUGGGGUCACGCCGAGGUCGCUCUGGCCUCUCUCUGUCCAAGAGCGUCUCCACCAAUAAUAUCUCUGGGAACCUGAAUGACGACUCUCCUCUGGGUCUACGGAGGAUCCUGUCCCAGUCCACAGACUCCCUCAGCUUCAGGAACAGAGCCAUGUCUAUGGAGUCCCUCAAUGAUGAUGGAGAGCUGUACUACACCUCUAUUCUGGAGGAGAUCGAGUAUGAGGGUCAGGAGUUUAAGGCGGACUCGUGGAGCAUGGCGGUGGACAGCAGCUACCUGCAGACUCACCGCAAAAACAUCAUCAAGAGGCAGGACGUCAUCUAUGAGCUGAUCCAGACCGAGCUGCACCACAUGCGGACCCUGCACAUCAUGGAGCGUGUGUUCAGACAGGGCAUGCUGGAGGAGCUGCAGCUGGAGCCGAGCACUGUGCAUGCCAUGUUCCCCUGCCUGGACCAGCUGAUCAGGAUACACUCACACUUCCUCGCACAGCUCCUGCUGCGACGCAACCUCAGCAUGCAUCCCGGGUCCAGCCGCAACUUCACCAUCCACCAGCUGGGAGACAUUCUGCUGGAGCAGUUCUCAGGUCAGUGUGCAGACGACAUGAGGAAGACGUAUGCUGAGUUCUGCAGCCGACACAUGAAGGCCGUCAAACUGUAUAAAGAGCUGCUGUCCAGAGACAAAAGGUUCCAGUGCUUCAUACGGCGGGUGAGUCGGGGGCCGUUGCUGCGUUGCCAUGGUGUCCAGGAGUGCAUCUUGUUGGUGACUCAGCGGAUCUCAAAGUAUCCUGUUCUCAUCCAGAGGAUCCUGGACAACACCACCGAUGAUGAAGAGGAAGCAUCCUCUCUGGCUCAGGCUCUCUCCAUGGUCAGAGAGCUGCUCAGUUUGAUAGACCAGCAGAUGGAGGAUUUGGAGAAAACCCAUCGUCUGCAGGAGAUCCAGGCCAAGCUGGACCCUCGGGCCGAGACCAGAGUCCGGGACGGAUCACUUUUCAAACCUGGAGAGCUUUUCAGACGGAGACUCGUCCAUGAAGGAAUCCUCUACUGGAAAACACCUGGAUCAAGACUCAAAGAUAUCCAGGUCCUCCUGAUGACAGACAUCCUGGUGUUUCUGCAGGAGAAGGACCAGAGGUACAUCUUUCCAUGUCUGGACAAACCCCCAGUGCUGUCCCUUCAGAACCUCAUUGUGAGGGACAUAGCCAAUCAGGAUCGAGGGAUGUUCCUCAUCAGCGACUCGUCUCCUCCUGAGAUGUACGAGUUUCACGCUGCCACCAAAGAGGACAAGAACAUGUGGAUCCGACACAUCCAGCGCACCGUCAGCAAGUGUCCAUCCAGGGAGGAGUUUCCUCUCAUAGAGACUGAAUACAAGGCUCACCUGAGGAGACUCAAAGCUGACCUGCAGCAGAAGGACCGAGAGAUGUUGGAGCUCCUGCAGGAGAGGGUGAUGUUGUUCUGUGAGCUGACGGAGGUGACGAGUGGCCAGGAGGGGCUUCAACCCCCCAUCACCCGAUACUUAUUCCGAGCGGACACACCACAAGCCCCCCGAGCAGAGAAACUGCUGAUGGACGCCACAGCUGAGGUGGACAGGUUGAGUGAGCUCCUCCUGGGCUCCAGCUUGGACAUCCCUCUUCUGUAUCAUCACAACCACCUGGAGGCACUAGAGACCGGUGAUCAGGAUCUGUUGGUGAACGGAGCUCAUGAUUUCUUUGCAGCAAAGGAUUGCAUGAGGAGUCCAGACCAGCAGCCACCCUCUGAGAUCUAUCAGAAGCUGGUGAAUCUCAGCAUUUAUCUUCACGCUCUGCAGGCUGCAGUCAUCAAACAGGACUCCAUCUUGGAACUGCUGCUGCAGCCUCAGGACGCAGUGUCACCAGCUGGAGGAGGAGCAUGGCGCCCCAUCUGGCGUGACGGUGCAAAUCGUGAGUCCGGCACAGGUUCGACCAUUGGUGAGCUGGCUCUUCUUCAGAGGCAGCACAGUCUGCUGCAGGAGGAGCUGCUGAGGCUGAGGGACGCCGAGAGCCGAUUCAAAGACAGCGAGAGAGCACGCACCAAACUGGAGCGACAGGUCCGACACAUGAAGGUCUGCACCGGGGCCGCACCUGUCCCCCAGCAUCAUGCAGAGCUGACAUCACAGAUGGUCUCUCUGCAGUCAGGAAGAGGUUCAUCAGGAAGCGACACUCAGCGGGGCGGGCAGGAAUCCAUCAGCCAGUCAGACGGCCUGCAGGACGGCAGUGAUUUGGAGGUAGACAUGACGUCAGAUGAUGAUGAUGGGUCCGAAUCUGAAAGCUCCAAAGAUCUUCAAGAUAUUCCAGAAGAGAUCUGAUUCUCUGCAUGUGCCACAGCGCUUUAUGAGUUUAUAGUCAGUGUAUGAUGAUAUCAACGAAUCGAUGCAGACAGUGCACACUGUUUUACUUUCUUAACAAAAAGCACAACAGUGUGCAUCUCAUCUGCACAUCUUAGUGUUUCUUUAGCUGCUUUGCUUUCCAGUAGUUAACCUGUGACAGUGAGUGCUUUUAUUUUCAGCUGUGGAUUGUUUGGAUUUCUGUUCCUUCAUCAGGUGACCAAAGGAGAGGAGGACUAGUGGAUGGUGCUGAUGUGAGACUAUUUUAUCUGAAGAGAUGACUCUGAUGGUCGGGGCACUGUUAGGGCUACCGCCUUGAACACGCUGUGCUAACAAUGACUGCACUCUAAUUCAUGAGGAAAUCAGGGAAUUUAUGAGUCAUCCACUUUAUAACAUUAACACAUAAGUUUAUAAGAACAACAGUGAAAAGAAAACUUGGAGUAAUGCACUUUUAAAGUUUAUACUUGGUGUCUUCUCACCACAUUUGCCAAAAUGGAGUCUCUGAAUGUAAGCUGAGCUGGUGAGUGUCGACUGGCAGCAGUAAAGACAGCAGCCAUGACGUGACGGUUUACCCCUCUGCUUCUUUAAAAACAUCACAACUUCAAAUGCUGUACCUGAAAAACAAGCCAUACAAGGAGAGAAUGGUCAUUUCUAUUAAUCAUUAAGGUUACAAAGGCAGCAACCUGAACACAAGCACAUUGAAAAGCAAUCCAACAAACUGUCUGGCAAUAAAUUAUUUAACAAUGCCUGAAAUAUCCAGAGUGUGUUGAGACAGUGUUACAGUGAAGCUGAGACUACAGAUUCACAGCCAUAAACUGACAUCAUUUCAGUCUCAACACAAAGGCAUAGUGUUAAUCCUGAUAUUCAGUAAUUAUUCUGUUUGACUUCCUCUUAUCAUUUUAUGACUUAGUAAUCCAGGUUAGUGAACAGAGUUUAAAAUGUGAAGGAAAACCUGUAAGUGUCCAUAUGGGGAUGUAACAAUACACUCACUUCACAGUACAAUACCAUUCACAACGCUGGGUUCAGGAUAUGAUUUUCUUAUUAGUUUUUUUAAGAGUGGAAGAACUUCCGACCCAGCCUUAAAGAGUGUCUGAUCAAACCAUCGUGAGACUUUUAUUUAGCCUUUGUACUGCUGUAUGCCUUGGUUUCUUUACUUCCUAUUCUGAUUACAAACAGGCUUUUAUUUUGAAAGAACACAAAAAGAAAUUCCUAAUAAAGUUUCAGGAGUGAAUGAAAACAGCUAAAAUAAGUGAAAUGGAUGUGUUAGCACCCCAUGUGGAGACACAAGCUCUGUUGUCAUAACUGUUAUGUUUCUCUCUGUCACCUCCAGAGCAGGGCCUUUUCUCAAACCAAUCCCCACAUCCUCAUCCUACUCAUUUCCUCUCUGUGUGCACAAUCUUAUAGAAGGUCUGCCCGGUGAGUGCUUUCUAAACCAAGUGGCAACUUAAUGCUGUGAGAAAUUAAGCAAGAUGAGGACAUUUUGAAAACUGAAAUUCCUCGAAUGUCCUCUUGAGGCUAGCUCCAAAAGCCUGACAGCCACAUAUACAUCCAAGAAAGCUGAUAGAUGUGUUUACAGCAUGGAUCAAAAGACUCUGUUUCUGUAUCAAUGGCUCAGUUCUCUAUCAGCACACACUGUGCGGGGGUGAAAUUUUGGGGGUGAAGUGAGUAGUUUAGAAGAUCUUAAGAUUACAGGUUUUGCUCAAUUAGGGGCACAACUGACAUUACAAACAGGCGGACACACUGUAGAUGUUAGGACAUCAAGAUUAAAAGCCUGCCUUAUCACCGCCUCUUUGCCUCUUACUAGGUCGACCAAAAGUUAGGCUGAGUCAGUAUUUCCAAUAUGGCCACUGAUGAUGGGCUUCAAAACUUAAAACAAAACCAAUGGGUGACAUCACAGAGACUAUGUCCAUGUUUUAUACAGUCUGUGAUUGAAGACCUCUGUGUGUAAAGAGAGAGGCAUUUUUAGACUCUCCAUCUGCACGUCUGUACUGAUGCUGGUUUACUGACCAGGUUAAACACUGUUUAUCUUUCCUCAUUCAGUGAAGUCCUGUGUUAUAACCUGAGCAGACAGAAGUUGCCUUUAUCUAGAUAUAAACAAAACAAUCAUUCAGAUCUUAAAAUCUAAACUCUUACAAUAUAUCAAGGAUCUAAUUUACCACUUUCCUGUCUUGAAAACAGUAUGAUUUUAUUUGAUUAUAAAGUGUUUUAUAUUUACAGGGUCGGUAAAAAAUAAUUUGAAUUUAACAUUAGGUUGAAAAUAAUAAGAUUACAACAGAAAAAAAUCCACUAAAGAAGAUGAGGAGAACUUCUCAUCCCGUGAGUCUGCUCAAUGAUAAUUUAUAUAAAGAGCUCAUUACUAUUUUUAACCUUGGUUACAUAAAGUCCCUGUUUGGAAGGAGUGAGGGGAGUCUGUCCUAUCAGAUCGCUAGACCUCGAUAAAGCUGCUUCAAGCUGUGGGUGUGACUUCUAAUGGAGUGCAAGAUGAAGGGGAGUGUAAGAGAGAAAACAUCCAGGUGUGGUGACAGUACUCACCACUCAUAUACCAGGAGCAGAGAGAGAGAUCAACACCUAGUUUAUGGAUAGAUGUCAGUCUUAAUAUGUAUAAUGUAUAAAAAUGUUAAAUGGAGGUCUGAUCUCUUUGUCGGGCCAUCCUGGUAUCUUCUGUGUGUGAUACCUGGACGUCUGUGUUACCUCUUCACCUGCUGCCUCUAUGUCUAUACACCUUUAUUCAGCUACAGACAGAAGGGACGUAAUGACGUCAAGCAAGGGAAGUCAAAGGAUGACAGCGCCCUCUCCUUUUCAAAAAGUGUACCAAUAAUCAUUUUUCAUCUCACUGAUUUAAUUCGUCCCUCACAUGCACAAAUUUUCAACUGUCUCUUGAUGUAUCGUUACAUCCCUAUGUGAAGUGAAACAGAGCAGUGUCAUAUGACUAAAUCAAACUUAAGUAAAUUCAUAAAAGAAUUAAAGACAGGCCUGAAUGUUAGAAGCACAGACUACAGAAUGUCAAACCCUCUCUGACAAGCCUUUCUCCAAACUGGACAAUAUUUAAAAGAUCUCAUCGUCUUCCAUUUUCCUGAUAUGACAACUCUUUUUGCAGUCCUUAAAAAGAUUACAGGUCAGUGCCUUCCAAACCUUUAAAAAUGACUGUUACAGGAAGGAUUCAGACGUCUGUUUGUCGGGUAGAUUCCUGCUGUGGUUGUUAAAGACACAAAAGAUAAACACUUUUGGAAAUCUUCGUCCCAUUCAAGAUAAAGAUUUCCGACAAUGAGGCAAUGCUUUGUAGACUUAACUUUGAAGGAACAUUUGUUACAUGGUGGUUGAGAGGAUAGUUAACCUUUAAGUUUUAUUUGGUCAGAAAUCUGGGAUUAUUUCAAACAAUCAAAUCACAAAGAAUAGACUUUUCUUUACAGUGAACAUUAUCUGGGGAGGAUGUGCGGAUCAAAAUAUCCAUGCAGAGUUGAAUAUUUUACAAGUUCCAGCUUCUUUGUGUUGCCACUGAUACCUGUCAUUAUAAUCUAUAUAGACCUGGAUUGAUCUUUAAUGAACGUCUCACAGUGCGACACAGGAAAGCAGCGUUAUCAUUUCAAAGGUACCAGAUGAGGAUCUCUGAAAGACUGAGGACUCAAAGGGGCUUAAGUUUUUUUGUUAAAGUAGUUUUCAGUCUGUAGAGUGUUUGGCUGAAUCGUUCUGCAUGUUUUUAAACCCUCCCUCAACUUCUUCUCAAGACUGCAAUAGAAAUAAACUUUAAGCUUUAUUGUGAAUUUAUCCAUAAAAGAUUAUUAUGUGUGAAAACUGGCUCUAUCUAUCUAUCUAUCUAUCUAUCUAUCUAUCUAUCUAUCUAUCUAUCUAUCUAUCUAUCUAUCUAUCUAUCUCAUAUUGUCCUCAGGAUGAAGCUGUCAGUGUAUUUAAUGUAAAUAGCGUGGAUUUGUGGGAAACCGUCUCUGAGUUAUGCAGAUGUUUUCUGUGCUGCAAAAUUAAUGUGAACUUUACACUCUAAAUUUUUCUGCUGUGCGUCUUCUUCUCUGAUAUGAAUGUAUUUAAGAUGAUGUCUAAGUGACACCUGCUGGUGUGUGUUUCGAGGCAGGUUUGAUACCCUCCUUGGUGGAAACUGAAGAAAUAUUGAGAUGUAUGAGAUACUUUAAGAAGUAGAUGGUGUUAUAACUUGAACAGAUUCUAUACUUGUGAAAUGCCUAAUCUGAAAAAGGGCUGUACUUUAGUUUGCACACCAUUCUUCAUUAAUGUGAAUUAUAAUACUUCAUCAAAUAUUAAACAUGUAAUACAAACAUGCUG